AGCCGACGCGACAACGAAAGACGCGAGUGACAGUUGUGGAAUGACUUCACGCCUCUGUCGUGUAUUUCAAUGGUUUUACGUGUUCAUUCGUAUCGUAAAUUAAUCAGCGAGCCGGGCCAUUGUGCAACCUGUCGCCUAAAAUCGUUCUUGUGGUCGAUCUAAAUAAUUUGUGCGAACAUUGCUAAAAAAACACGUAGCGGCUGACGUAUCGGUCGGACAGUCUGGAUUCAGUGAGUGAGCGAAAGAGAAAGAAAUACGUGUGGCAAAGAAAAACAAGAAGGAAGGGAGGAGGAUUCAACGUGAAAGACAGGGACUGACGCGUUGCAGGCGUAUCUCGGACGUGUGCCCUCGAACACACCAACGAAAUACGUAUCGAUGUUUGAAAAAACAACCAAUCAGAAGUAAGAAUUCAAACGGCAAAGAGUAGGACCGAACGUCAACGAACCUCGCCGAACAGUACCGAACGCCGGCGAGUAUUCGCUCGUGCUCAGUCGCGAUCGCUCCUUUGAUCUGUAAACACGUCGAACGACAGAGGGAUCGACUGGCUUCGGGAGGUCCACGCCAGCGCCAUCACUCGUUCUUCUUUGGUAUUACUGCUCUGUUGGGCGACGGUGUCCGUCCGCCACAACCGUCUUUAAUGGACGUGUCGCACCGCUCGAGGAAAGAACGCCGACAGAGAUGUUGAAGUUUAUCAGAGGGAAAGGCCAACAACCUACGGCCGAGCGACAGAAACUGCAAAAGGAUCUUUUCGCCUUUCGAAAGACGGUGCAGCAUGGGUUCCCAAACAAACCUACAGCCCUGGCAUGGGAUCCAAGUUUGCGGCUGAUGAUCAUCGGUACGGCAUCCGGCGCCAUCAAGGUAUUCGGCAGGCCAGGUGUCGAGUUCUAUGGUCAACACUCGAUCGAGAGCGGGGAGAAUGCAGUGACGAAGAUCGUCGCGUUGCCUAACGAGGGUCGCGUGGUCUCGUUAUGCGACGACAAUUCCCUCCACCUUUGGGAGAUCAACGAGAGUUCCGUGGUGGAAACGAAAUCGCUUUCGUUGGAGGGAAAACUGAAGAAAAUCUCGGCGAUGUGCCUGGAGUCGAGCGGUGAACAUCUGCUACUGGGAACGGAAGGGGGCAAUAUUUAUCUGCUGAACCUGAAAACCUUCUCGAUGCCUGAUAACAUCAUCUACCAGGAUGUUGUGAUGCAAAAUGUACCAGAUGAUUACAAGAAGAAUCCAGGAGCGGUCGAGGCGAUAGCUGAACAACCAGGUCAUCCGGACAAUAUUCUGAUAGGUUACAAUCGUGGUUUAAUGGUUCUGUGGAACAAAGCAACUCCUGGAGCUCAACAGCUGAUGGGUUUGUUUUCGCGUGCGCAGACAUUCGUCUCCACGCAACAGCUGGAAUCUGUCCAUUGGAUCUCCGAGAAUCGUUUCGUUUCCUCGCACAACGAUGGAUCGUACGCGUUUUGGAGUCCGAUCAGUGACACAAUGGUAGACUCGAACACACCCUAUGGUCCAUUCCCGUGUAAAGCUGUCACUAAGAUCCUCGUCUAUGAGACCGAAGAGCACGGUGAACUUAUUCUAUUUUCGGGUGGAAUGCAACGUGCCAGUUACGGUGACCGUCACACGAUCACCGUAAUGACGAAGAAAAAACAGGUAGUCUUUGAUUUCACGUCGAAAGUGAUCGACUUCUUCACCGUGUUCCCGAAGCAAGAGGAGGGUAAGGAGAUACCCGAUGAUGGCCCGGAAGCGCUAAUAGUAUUGGCCGAAGAAGAGGUGGUAGCCAUUGAUUUAAUUAAUCCCGAAUGGAAAAUGAUGGCCUUACCUUACUUGGUAUCCCUCCAUGCGAGUGCGGUCACUUGUUCGCAACACGUUCCAAACGUGCCGGAAGAGCUAUGGGACAGCAUCGUGGCAGCUGGAAAAGCGCAGACGGAGCAUUUGUAUUCGGAGAAACCGUGGCCUAUAGACGGUGGUAUUAUUCUUAAUCAGAAAUCUGGAAACGAGAAGCCGAAAGGUAGAGAAAUGUUGCUUACCGGCCACGAGGAUGGAACCGUGAGAUUUUGGAACGCUUCUGACGUCGCGUUGACGCCUCUGUACAAAUACAAUUCCUCUAUAUUGUUCACCGGCGAACACUUGGACGUCCUCGAGCAACCGCCGGAGGACGACGAGAACGAAUGGCCACCUUUUAGAAAAGUUGGAACGUUCGACCCCUACUCGGACGAUCCGCGACUAGCCGUUAAAAAGGUUUUACUCUGCCCUUUGUCCUCGACGUUAGUGGUCGCUGGCACGGCUGGCCACGUGAUCACAGCCACCAUAUCGUCCGAGCCAACGAACAAAGAAAUCAAAGCGAUCACUAUGAACAUUGUCAACGAUCGCGAUGGAUUCGUAUGGAAAGGUCACGAUCAUUUGCCAGUAAGAACGACCAGCAUAUCCUUCGCGGUUGGUUUUCAACCGCAAAGUCUUCUUCAAUUAUAUCCACCGGCUGCGGUUACCGCGCUGGCUAUACACAGUGAAUGGGGAUUACUCGCUGCUGGUACGGCACAUGGUUUAGCAGUUUUCGAUUAUACAAGGGCGAAGGCUGUUACCGUCAAGUGCACGCUCAAUCCGAAUGAUCUAUCCGGAGCGGGUGACACGCCUAUUUCGAGAAGAAAAUCGUUCAAAAAAUCGUUGAGAGAAUCUUUCAGGAGAUUAAGGAAAGGAAGAUCGCAGCGUAGAGCGACGACUGCUAGUAGCCCGACGCGAAAUGCUACGGAAAAGAAGAAAGAUGUUUCCAGUGUUGCUUCCUCGCCGAUCGGUGACCUCUCUCCGGUAGAGCUGAAACCUGUGGAAAGACAAGUGGAAGCAAGACCAAUGGAUGACGCAUUGGGCUCGAUGGUUCGAUGUUUAUAUUUUGCUAGGAGUUAUAUUAUAAGCAUGCAAAAUACAACCCCUACACUUUGGGCGGGUACCAAUAACGGUACGGUGUAUGUAUUCACGUUAGCGAUUCCUGCGGGGGUUCGAAGAACGGAAGAGGAUGUAAAUUGUACAUUAGGAAAAGAGAUUCAAUUAAAGCACAGAGCACCGGUGAUCGCCAUAACGAUUCUCGACGGAUCCAGCGUUCCUUUACCGGAACCGUUCGAAGCCGAGAAAGGUGUCAGUCCUGGUCCGGAUAUGGCGUCACCGCACAGAGUCGUUAUCGCCAGCGAGGAACAGUUCAAAAUCUUUAAUCUUCCAUCGUUGAAACCAUAUUGUAAAUACAAACUUACCGCGCACGAGGGUUCGCGUGUAAGAAAAACAGGUUUUGCAAAAUUCUCGUGCCCGGUUGAGCCUGCAGGUACGCACGAAGAAACCUGUUUAUUAUGCCUGACCAAUCUCGGUGAUUGUUUACUGCUUAGCAUCCCAGAAUUGAGAAGGCAGCUUAACGCAGCGGCCAUUAAAAGGGAAGACAUCAACGGUAUCUCAUCGUUGACUUUCACAAAAGCUGGCGAAGCUUUGUACCUGCAUUCAAGCUCGGAAAUUCAACGAAUUUCAUUGUCGACCAGUAAAGUGACGAAGGCAAACUGUGCGCUGAAUUUACCGCCAAAUGCUAGAUCCUACCCGGAGGCUAACAACGAGGAGACGCAGGAGCAAGGAGUCGUGGAAGGAGCUGCGGAAACGGAAGGAGAGACAACGCAAGGAAGCCAACAGCCGACCACGGUACAGAGGACGAUCGUAGAAAACGGUGUAGUGGGUUCCACCGACGGUGAAGAAUCGCCGAAAGAAUCACCUUCUUUGCAACCAGCUGCGAGCACGAACGAUGUAAACGGAGAGGAUGAUCGUCAAGAUUUGAGUUCUAUCGGAGACAUCACAAUUGAUAGCGUGAAGGAUCAUUUACUUAACAGUUCACUUUUCAGAAAUGCAACGUCCUCCGAAGAACUUCAUAAUCGUCUUGCAGGACUUAAAAUGGAAGUGACUUCUCGAACUUCUGAAAUUUCUACACAGAACCAAUCCUUAGUGGUAAAGACCACCACCGUUGUUUCACAAACAACCAACACUACCACUGCUAGCACUACGGUAGAGAGAGAGAUACGCAGCGGUACUGAGACUACAACGACACACGCUACCAUCACUAUACCUCCAAACGUCGAGAUCAGUGACAUUCUGCAAUAACCACCCGAAGAUCCGGUUAGAGAAAGUCUUAAAUCUAUGUUACGUAAUGCUAAAUCUAGAUUUUUACAUGGUAUUUAUGUAAGAAUGGGAUUCAGUAAGACACUCCACGCAUUCUUAAAGAAACAUUUACAUUAAAAAAGAAAAUAUAAUAAUACAGACAUAAUCUAACGUAGAACUGCCAACGUUCGCGGUAUCACGCGCACAUCGAUUCGAAUCUUUCGCCUCUCUCAUUGUCUUGCCUGAAAAUCACUGGCAAUCGAAGUUUCAAAAGUACUAAUACUUUACAAUACCUAUUAAUUAAUAGAUCGUUACAUCACUGAUCCUACUAUAAUGACUUUUUCUUUUUUUUUUUUACAAAAGAAAAACGAAAACGAAUAAAAAUAUACAAUAUUUUUAUCGAAAAACAUAAAUAGACUGAACGCAUGAAAGAAGCAUAUCCGUUGUUUCUUUUGCAUUUAAUUGACGCCAUUCGCGCGAAAUCGAACAAAGUUUUUUCAUCGUUUCGUCGUUUGUCUCUCAAGACUACGCAUUAAGUGUUGAAAAUAAAAAUGUGUCAAUUUCUUAUUCAUUGAUGCGAUUGUGAGGCCUUUGUAGAUAGAUUUUAAUCUUCCUCUAAUUUCGUAAUUUCCUAUGAAUUUGUUCAUUUUUUCUUUUUUUUUUUACUUUGAUCGACCGCGGAAAAUAUGUUUCUAUUAUGCGGUGGUUAUCUUUAAACGAAUGUUAUACAAGGCGUUCCAAGGAUAUUGAGUAUUAUGCACAGUUUUUAUAUAAGGAUGUAAUUCCAAGUACAAAAAUUUUAACUAUCUUGACCAUAUUAAAGAAUUUGCAUUUUAAUUAAAGUUUUAUUUGCAUUUAACCGUUGGAAGUCGAUUUUAUAACGUCUUGGGAGAACUAGCAUUUCUACUGUGCUUUUUGGACCGCCCUGUACCGUUAAUUUUAUUAUAAUUGUAAACUAUAUUAACAAGGUGAAGUCAACGCGUUAAAUAAGAUACAAUUGUACGAAAACAAACGUGCUUCUGCUAUUGUAAAAUUAUUGAUUUUUUACCUUGAUAAAAUAUUACACACUGUA